AAUGUCUCCCUUGUUUGUUACAACACCACCUACUGUUUCAUGCCCUGCAUUGACCGGGCCUAUGCAGGACAAACAUCGACAGAGAUGUAUAAAGUACAUCUCUAACCCUAACGCAAGACUUGAGUUAAAGUACAAGUACGCUAUCAAAAAGUGACUUCAGUAGAAGUUCCCCAAGCACGGCACUUAAUUGGAAGUACUAAAGUAUUCAACAUUUUUUGUACUUAAGUAUUGCAAGUAGUUUAUUUUAAAAUGUACUACUCAAGUACUGAAAGUAAAAGUACAAGUAAUAAAUAAUCAGGAAUUGGGGGUAGCUAGCUUACAAUACAAUUUGCCUCAUAGGUCUUUACAGUCUGUAGAGCAGGUUACACCCUCUGUCCUUAGACCCUAUGUCCUUAUACCCUCUGUCCAUAGACCCUAUGUCCUUAUAUUCUCUGUCCAUAGACCUGCUCUCAUUUGACCCUAUGUCUUUAUAUUCUCUGUCACUAGAUCCUCUCUCAUUUGACCCUUUGUCCUUAGACCCUAUGUCCUUAUAUUCUCUGUCCAUAGACCCUCUCUCAUUUGAACCUUUGUCCUUAGACCCUCUGUCCAUAGACCCUCUCUCAUUUGACCCUAUGUCCUUAGAGCCUAUGUCCUUAUAUUCUCUGUGCAUAGACCCUCUCUCAUUUGACCCUUUGUCCUUAAACCCUGACAUUGAGUGAGGAAAACUCCACAAAAAACCUUUUUUACCCUCUCUCAUUUGACCCUUUGUCCUUAUACCCUCUGUCCAUAGACCCUCUCUCAUUUGACCCUAUGUCCUUAUACCCUCUGUCCAUAGACCCUCUCUCAUUUGACCCUUUGUCCUUAGACCCUCUGUCCUUAGACCCUCACAUUGAGUGAGAAAAACUCCACAAAAAACCUUUUUACAGGAGAAAAAAAGGGAGAAACUUCAGGAAGAGCUUCAGAGGACGGAUCCUUCUGUCAGGACAGACAGACGUGCACUCAUCCAGGGUGCGACGCGUGCUGUCGCGGGAUUAGUUGCAACUGCUCAUGUGACCCUAAGAAGAAGACAGGGCGUGGACGAAGGAUGGACGAGGAUAAUAUUUGAGCUGUGGUGUUGAAGCUCUGCGUCAUACAGUGGCCCACUUGACUGGACCGCAGAGAAAACAGAGGAUAAAUCCUGCUGCUCUGACAUGGAGUGUGAUCCAGAUGAGAUCUUCAAACUCAACGUGGACCUCGAGCUGGUGGUUUCCCAAAACCCACUCCCCAUGCACCGCGUGGUUUCCCUGCUGCUCAGAGCAAACAAGAUAAAAAAGUAUCUACAGCGUAAAGGCCGUGGGCUCAGUGACGACCAGCUCUGCACGAUGAUCAUGAACAGCAUAGAGAAGACAGUUGUCGAGAGGGUGGGGACGUCCUCGUUCCCCUCGGGGCGCAGAAUCACCUUAAACCGCCUCCGCAGUUGGGAAUGUUUUCUGACUGACCGUGAAAAAAAGGACAUCGUCUGCACGGCCGCGUCCACACCAGUGGAACUGUGCGCUGCGACGCUGAAAGGAGGGAACCACAGUCACAAAGUGACAUUUAAAAUGGCGUCGUACUCUGGCUCUGAGAUGACUGUUGCUCUGUCGCUCAUCAAACAAAAACUGUACAUUUCCUGCACCAUGAUAGAUGACAAAGCUGUGCUGCGUCUGGAGGAAUGUGACGAGGAGGAUUUAAAGGCCAUCAGCAAUGAAAGUGACAUGGAGCGUUUCCUCUUCCACGUCAAGGGGGUGGACGGCACCAGGUUCGAGUCUGUAAAGUGCCGUGGCUGGUUCAUCAGCACGUCCUACGAGAAGGAACUCCAGCCCCUGGAGAUGUGUCAGGUGGACGCUGUCAACAGGGAAACCGCCUUCAGCAUGAAGUGAAAACACCAUGUGUGUUCACUGUGAAUGUCACCAUUUCCUCCACAUGACCACUAGGUGGAGCUGUGUCUAACAGUUUGGUAAUGCUCUGUGAGGGUUGAGUCCAAUGUAACUCAGUAACAAAUGUAAUAUUAAUUUCUUGCUGUGAGAGAUGUAUCUUCUUUGCUGGAGUGUUGUAACGGGAUAUUCCUUUGUUGAUUGUUUUUAUUUAAAUUAUAUAAAAAAAGAAAAAUAAAGAAAAGGAUAAGGGCUUUUUU